UCCCAGCUCAAAGAUGGCAGCCACGGGACAGAGAUGAGCGACGACACAUAUUUAGGAGUUUAGUCAUGAAACCACAAUGAGAUGUACAGCUAUUACAUGCAUGGUUUUGACAUGACAGCGAUAUAAUUUUUUCACGUCCAAUGUGCCGUCUUACGGAGACAAUUAAAGCGUUCAGAGAUAUAAUGUUUUCCUGUGGGUUAAGCUAGCAAGCUACGGUUAGCAAAUAAAUGAACUUGUCUCUUCUGCCACACAAGAAGAAAGCAGCUGCUCUGCGUGCGGUGUACUGACAUCUUACAAGCUCAGUUUCAUCAUGGCCAUCACUCAGUUCCGUCUUUUCAAGAUCUGCACAUGUCUAGCCAGUCUACUUUCUUUCUUUAAAAGGUUGAUAUGCAGGAGUGGAAGGGGGCGCAAGCUCAGUGGUGAUCAAAUAACUCUCCCAACAACAGUGGAUUUUUCAUCAUCUGUACCAAAACAGCCAGAGAUUGAAGAAUGGAGCUCCUGGGAUGAAGAGGCUCCGACAAGUAUUAAGAUUGAAGGCGGCAAUGGAAACGUUUCUCCUCCACCCAACGAUGUGGACGAUGAGCCCGACUACUUCAAAGACAUGGCUCCCACCAUCAGGAAAACACAGAAGAUAGUGCUGAAGAAGAGGGAGCCUUUGAACUACCUGGUGCCUGAUGGCUCAGCAGGAUUUUCCAGCAGACUGGCAGCCUCUCAGGAUGUAAUAACCUUCAAUCCACCCUCUGCUGAGCUUGGAGAAAUGGACAAUUGGCAGGAAGACACAAACGCCUGGGAGGACGAGUCUGAUGCCGCCUGGGAAGCAGAGGAGGUGCUCAGACAACAGAAGAUGGCUGAGAGAGAAAAGCGGUCCUUGGAGCAGCAAAGGAAGAAGCUGGAGAAAGAGGCUCAGAGAAUGAUGAAAAAGGAGCAGAAGAUUGCCGUCAAGCUCUCGUAACAUUUUAGAAAUGCUCAGUUUUGAGCCAAAGGGAUGGGGCGUGCAAAAGACACUGAAUCAGUCAUUAAUCUGUCUUUAAAAUCAUCAAAUCGACCAGGACCAUCACUGUACACUACUUAUUUGUUAGCAAACUGUUCUCCUCCACCCUGUUUCCACCAGCAGCCAUUUUAGUCUGUUUUUCCAACUGCAGAAGUGUAAAGCGCAUCCUUCUUCAGGGCAGAUAACGCACCUGGUCUACUCGCUGUUCAUGUGGCAAGGUCAUUUUGGUCACCAAAGGAGAGUUGUAUUUAUACGAUCCAGUUCCUCAUUAGAUUCCUCAGAUUAAAGGUUAGAUGCAGCAUUAGAAGGCACCAUUUAGAUUCUGAUUAAAUCUGUUAGGUAGCGUAGAAAAAUGUUCUAUUUUGGUUUUUCCCAGGGACAUUUGUAAAUAAACUGGUACCUGUGCCACCUUUUGAAACUCAGCUGGGGAGUACAAUUCCUUUUCUUUGUCUUAUUUAUAAUCUCGGAGGACAAAGGAGUGUAAUUAAUUUUAAACAUCACUGUUUGCCAGUGACAUCCCUUGGUUUGCUUGAUUAUUGUGUUUUUAUAUUUAUGUCUGUCAUUGUCUGAAAGCAGCCUUUUUUUUUCUAAUGCAUGUUGCUUGAUAUUUCACCUGAUCUCCCUGUGCUGUGCAGCCCUUAUUACACUGGAAAUCUGCAUUAAACUGAAGGCUCAAGAUUUUCAAUAUGAGUACAGAUAAAUGACCAUAGACGAGAGUCUAGCCCAAAUUUAAAUGCUGUGGGUUCCUAUGGCAAUCUAACGGCUACUGAUUUAACACUCAUCCUCAUCCUUUGUCAGCUUUUGAUAUUGAGGGAAAAUAUCCAGUGAUCAUUGCUUUGAUUUAUUAUUUUUUUUCCUCAGGGGAGGGAACCUUGCUCUCAAAUCUCAGACCAGUUAUCUUGGCCAAUAAUAAUAAUACAUUUUUGCUUCCUUUCUCAUCUGAGAAUGUACGGCAAACAGUUGAAGUCAGUGUUGGAAAAAUUGGUACUACUGCCGAUCGGCAGACUGUUGUCAUGGAAACAAAUUCAGCUAGAAGAAAGGCCUUUAUAAACUGAAAUGUGCAUACAUGAUAGAGUACGUCUUUGGUCCAUAACUUAUGAUAUAUGGCUUGAAAUGAAGUGAGGGAGAUAAUUUUCUGUACUGAAUGUUACAAUUAGAAAGGCUUUGCAAACAGUGUGAUUUCAUGCUUCUAACAAAAUAUUGAGUAUUAAAACUUUGAUAAUACCAUG